UCUCGCCUCGCUAAUCCCUUCUCGGAAGAAAUCGGGUUCGCGAGCGGGCAGAUCCACCUUCUCGAUCGGAGGCGAGGGUUUCCCGGCCACGGCGGCCCGAUCCCGGACCUCCUCGCCGCCGGUGUUCGACGGAAUUCCGCAAUGCCGAGCGGGGGCAGGCGGCUGCCGCCGUGGACGUCGCCGAGGGGCGCGGCGAGGUGGAGCCCCUGCAGCCCCGCGGGCGACCUCGUCUUCGGGAGCCACGUCACGCCGCCCGCGAGCGCCGGCUGCCCCUCCUCCUCCUCCUACCGCGUGACCCCGCCGACGAGCGGAGGCCCCGUCGCGACGCCUCUGCCGAGCGGCGGCGGGGGCGGGUGUUCCAGGCCGCCGAGGGCGCCGCCGGCGCUGGAUUCGCCGUACGUGAGGGCGAAGCAGGCGCAGUUAAUUGAAAAGGAUCCCAACAAGGCAGUUCCAUUGUUCUGGGCGGCUAUUAACAGUGGUGAACGAAUUGAGAGUGCACUGAAGGAUAUGGCUACUGUACUGAAACAAGCCAAUCGGGCUGAAGAGGCCAUCGAAGCGAUAAGAACCUUCCGUGACCGUUGUCCUAAUGAAGCUCAAGACUCUCUUGACAAUAUUCUUAUUGACCUUUACAAGAAAUGUGGUAGGACAAAAGAGCAGAUUGAAAUGCUGACAGUGAAGCUGAGAAUUGUUGAUGAGGAUCUAGCUUCUGGCCGGUGGAAAACUAAGCUGUCUAAAUCUCAUGGAAGAGUAGUCUAUCUGUCUCUCAGAGAUGAAAAAGCAAGGUUGCUGGGUAACCUCGCCUGGGCCCAUAUGCAGUCUGAGAACUAUGAGGAAGCUGAAAUGCUCUACAGGCAAGCUCUUGCUAUAGAAGCUGAUUAUAACAAAGAGUGUAAUUUAGCCAUCUGCUUGAUGAAGAUUGGAAAGGUAGCUGAAGCUAAAUACCUUCUCCAAUCUAUACCUUGCAACUCCAAUGAUGAAAACCAUGUGAGAUCUCUUGCCCGGGCUACUGAAGUGCUUAGGGAAAUGGAGUCACAAACACUCCCUUCACCCAUUACUCAAAUGAAGUCUAAAGAUUCAAGGAUUUCGGUUGCUACUGAUGUGGAGAACCUUGAAUAUCUACAUCCACAAAUUCUUUCUUCAACUCAACUGAAUUAUGAAGAGGCACAAAUUCCAGUUCCAGCGGAUACAGAGAAGCAUGAGAAUUGCAACCCACAAGCUCUUCCUUCUCCGAUAACCCAGUUGAAGCGUAAAGAACCACAAUUUAUGCUUGCAACUGAGGAAGAGAAGAACGGACAAUGCCUGGAGGAGCACCAAGAUCUUUCUAAACUGUUCAACGAUGCUGCUACACCACAGUCUCUACUCGAGAAACUACGCAAGCGGCUGGUUGAGAAGGACAGACCAAAUGUCAGCACAGAGAAUCAAAUUCAGACUCCUAUCUCAGCUGAAUGCCUGCCAAACUCUAAUGGCGGCAUUGAUGCUAGUGAGAAUCCUAUGCAAGAGGGGAAGGGUUUUGCUGAUGGGGCUAGAAAAACGUGGGCUGACAUGGUGGAGGAGGAUGAACAGCAAACUACUGUGCAGGGUAGGAGCAGCAAACAUGCAAGUGAGCAGAGGGGCAGAACACCACCAUCAUCUCAAGAAAGCAGCAGCCUCAAAACCCCAGUCCCAGGUGUUCGGCUACAAAGUUCAUCAGCAGGUUCUUGGAGACGCAGCGACUCCAGAAUCUCGACAGACGAGAACAUGAACCCGAAGUUUGUGAGGACUGCUCCAUCAUGGAAGCAGCAGAAGGCUCAAGACCACAGCAACCGAGUCAGCCAAAGGCUUAACACGAUUCAUCUCAGUGAGAAGGCUCAAGGCACCGGGCAAACACCAUGGAGAAGCAGUGCAGCUCAGCGUUCUCUUUUCGGCGGCCAUGUACCAUUUCGUGACAGUGAGAACUGUCAGGGUGCCAGUCACACUGAGGCCACUAGCCGCUGGCCUAAGAACGCGGCGGCGAGCACAAGACCAUGGAGGCCGCAGCAGAACCGGCUGCGGGUCUUCCGAGACAUCACAGAUGAGAUGAACCAAAAUGUUACAUAGCUAGAUCUUUAUUCCCCACUCACUGUUCUUACCAGUAGUGAUUGUUGUUUCCCACCAGAGAUGAGACUAGUGAAAUAGCUGGUAGUUUUCCGUUCCUGGUUUUCUUUCUGAGAAGAGGCAUUAGCGUUGUAGUGCAUGUCAGCAGCUCCAAGGGGAUGAAUUACAACAACCAUGAGCUAAGGAGCUCACUUCAGAUCCUAACAAGUCCAUGAGUUUACAAUCUCUUCAGAUCCAAGUAGAUAUCUUUUUACUGCAAAAAAUUUCUUUGUCACGCCAAGUUUCCUGUAAAAGAGAAGAGGGUAACUAAAUCCCUGCUGUGAUUUUUUUUUCUCCUUUUGCAGUUUCUGUCAACUGCUGCAUAUAACAAACACUACAGUCCUUGUACCUUUUGGCAAUACUGUUUAGAUGUUACUGCCUGGUUCAUUUGCUGCACAUGUGGUUCCUGGGACAAUUUGCUGCAUGAUGGAUGGGGCUGCAAGAUCUGAGCUUGUGCAGAGGCAGGCAAUGGCAAAUGCAUGACUGAGCCACCACCGUGCACCUGCAUCGAUCUGCAUAGUGCUCGCCCUCCCCUGGCAUUUUCUACCUUGUCUACACACUGGAGUCAGGUGGAUUCCUCCUGCUGGAGGUGCUAACAUGGUCGUGGUGUACCUCUCGGCAGCAAUAGCAGCCUUGAGCUUCACCUCACCCUGACCUGCAGAUACAGGCCGAGGCGGUCGAUGUCGCCAGCUAGACUCACAAUCGUGUUGCAUCCACCCGUCAGUUCAUCCAAAAACAAACUGACCUGCGUGCCGAGGUUGUCGAUGCAUACCGCCAGCUAAACCUCAUCUGGGCGACGCUGUCUAGAUCUAAGCAGCUAUGGCCUUGGCUGCUGACACUGUUGCAUCACAUUUUUGUGGGAUGAACAGUUCACCCAAAAGUUUAAACGAGGAACUAAAGCUGCCAGCAUCUGUCCCGGCUUGGCCUCCAAUAAUUCGGGUGCAUGAUUGGCCACAAAUUGCUCGUGUAUAUAUGUGUGAGGUCUCUACAUGUAUUGGCCUCCCUUCCAUGAAUGCUAACGUGGGGUGUAUGUCACAUAAGGA